CCUGAAUAUGAUGGCAAGUCGUUGGUUCAACAGCUUUAUCGUCCCGUUAGUCCUCACGCUGACGAUUAACAUCCACCGUGAAAUUCAUUAUGCUGCAGCUGCAGCUGCCGCAACCAUCGGCAAUGGCUUUGUUCAAACGACGGAAACUAAGUUUGUCGUGAACGGAAAGCCUUUUUACAUAAAUGGCUUCAAUGCUUACUGGUUGAUGAUGUUUGCAUCCGACCCUUCUUCGAGAAGUAAGGUCACCGAUGUGUUUCGAGAAGCCUCCAAGUAUGGCAUGAACGUAGCUAGGACGUGGGCUUUUAACGAUGGUGAUUACAAGCCUCUGCAGACUUCUCCUGGUUCGUACAAUGAAGACGUGUUCAAGGGACUGGAUUUUGUCGUAGCAGAAGCUAAUAAGUAUGGGAUUCACUUGAUUAUGAGUUUGGUGAAUAACUUCAAAGAUUACGGAGGAAAAGAUAAAUACGUUCAAUGGGCAAAGCAACGCGGUCGGAACCUGAGAAACGAAGAUGAUUUUUUUACAGAUUCCAUCGUCAAACAAUACUACAAGGAUCAUGUUAAGGCAGUGCUAACCAGAAUCAACACGAUUACUGAAGUGACAUAUAAAGACGAUCCUACCAUAUUUGCUUGGGAACUUAUGAACGAACCUCGUUGCCCCAGUGAACCAUCUGGAGCUCAUCUUCAGAGCUGGAUAAAAGAAAUGGCUGCACAUGUUAAGUCCAUUGACAAUCAUCAUCUACUGGAAAUAGGACUCGAAGGAUUUUAUGGGGAAUCAAUGCCCGAGAAGAAACAAUACAACCCGAAUAACUACCCCAUCGGGACUGCCUUCAUUUCUGAUAACCAGAUCAUCGAGGUCGAUUUCGCAACUAUCCAUAUCUACCCUGAGCAAUGGUUACCAUCGACAAAUAUGAGCGAGGAGGCCCAGCUUGGUUUUGUAGAUAGGUGGAUUGAAGCACAUGCUCUGGACUGCAACUCGGUGCUGAAGAAACCACUUGUGAUUGGAGAGUUUGGCAAGUCUUUUAAGUUGCCAGGGUACAGCUUAGAGAAGAGAAACGAGUAUUUCCAGAGGAUUUACAAUGCUAUCUACAGCAGUGCCAGAAGUGGGGGAUCGUGUGCCGGUGGGCUGUUUUGGCAACUGUUGAGCCUUGGGAUGGAUAACAUGGGAGAUGGAUACCAAAUUGUUUUGGAACAGAGCCCUUCAACUGCUUCAAUCAUUGCUCAACAAUCUCGGUUGUUGUCGUCUCUCACUUGAAGAUCAUAUCAACUCCUUGAAACAAUCAAAAAUAUAAUAAAUAUCCUAAAGGUGAAUUCUUAGGAUGAGUUUAGUACACAUUAAUGUCUAUGAUACCAAUACCAAAUGAGGCUUUUCCAGCAUCCUCAUUCCUACAUUACUUAGUUUAUCUUACAAACUGCUGGUGUCCUGUCCACAUUCACUGUAUUUGCAAAUC